UAUCUGCGCACUGUGCGCCGGUCCGCCCGCCCGCAGCUGGCCGAACGCCUCUAUACCGUCCUCGGCUGCGGUACGGACUGGGUCGCGUUUCGCUGGCAUCCGGAGCUCGCUGAGCUAUGAGCUCCAAUCUCACCGCCGCCGGCUUUCCCACGCAGGCUCUCACGGGAGAAAUGUUGGAGCUGGACGAAGACGACGACUUGGAAGUUUUCAGCAAGGAUGUCACCUUGACAGACGGCAGUUCUGUCAGUGCCUCCCUGCCCACCUCUCCAUCCUCCAUGACCAAUCAGUACAGGUUCGAAGAGGAGUCAGACGCCAGGGAUAUUUUUGUCACGGUGGAUAAUCCAGAGAGCCAUGUCACAGCUUUGGAGACCUUUAUCACCUACAGAGUCGUAACCAAGACCACACGCAGCGACUUUGACUCAUGCGAGUAUGAGGUCCGUCGGCGCUAUCAGGACUUCCUCUGGCUGAGGGACCGUCUGGAAGAGACACAUCCUACACUUAUUGUUCAUCCCUUGCCGGAGAAGUUUGUGAUGAAGGGAAUGGUGGAGAGGUUCAACAAUGACUUCAUCGAGACUCGUCGGAAGGCCCUUCACAAGUUUCUCUGCCGGAUUGCUGAACACUCCAUUCUGUCCUGCAAUGCCGAUUUCAAGAUCUUCCUCACUGCCCAGGCCUGGGAGCUCACCUCUCACAAGAAGCAAGGUCCGGGGUUGCUGAGCAGGAUGGGCGAUACCGUCCGUGCCGUAGCUGCUAGCGUCAGGGGAGUCAAGAACCGGCCGGAGGAAUUUGUCGCCAUGCAGGAGUACGUGGACACCUUCAGCCAGAGAAUGGGCUCGCUGGACAAGGUCACCCAGAGGAUAUUCAAAGAAAUGAAGGAAUACCUGGAUGAUCUAAAGCAGUACGGGCCAACCUACGUCCUGUGGUCGGGCUCUGAGGAGGAGCUGGUGGAACCGCUGAAGGGCGUGGCCGGCUGCAUCGACAAGUGCUGCCAGGCAACAGAGGAGCAGCUCAGCCAGAUGUCUGACAACCUGGUCCCCCUUCUGCAUGAGUACGUCCUGUGUUCGGACACCAUAAAGGCGGUUCUGAGAAGGCGUGACAACAUUCAAACGGAGUACGAAGCUAAAUACGAUAUUCUAGUUAACAAGCAGGCAGACCGGGAAGCAUUGACAGAGACUGAGGAUCUAAGCAUUAUGCUGGGGAGAUUGCUUGGGAAAGUCCCGGAAGAAGCCAGACAACAGCAGGAACAGAGACUUCAUGGUCAAAUUGAAGAGCUGAAAGGAGAAGUUGAGAAGCUGGAGGACAAGGUGGAGUGUGCCAACAGUGCUCUGAAGGGGGACUGGGAGAGGUGGCAGAGCAAGAUGCGGGGAGACGUCAAGGCCGGUUUCGUGAGCACCGCGCAGAAGAACAUCGAUUAUCACGAGAAGUGCCUGGCAGUGUGGGAGUCCUUCCUCACCUCCGUGAACGCAGACCAAAGCGUGGAGAAAAGCGCAGGCCUGAACUCCUAGAGCGCCUUCCUACCCCAGCCUCAGACGACCAAAGAGGAGCUGCCCCCGUGACCGGGGACGAUUCUGCCGGGUCGCAUCCUGCACUGCGGCACCGUCGUUUUGUAUUAUAGUGCUGCGAGCAAUAUUACGUUGCCACAAAUUUGCGAUAUAACUCUGCCUCAGGGUUUUUAAACAGCCGCACUACAUUAGAUUAAGUUUAUUCCAUGCUGAGAUAUAGGGCAAAAAAAGGGUAUUCCUGCUUUAUUGUGCCUGACAUAUCAACAGCAAUGCAAACAACAUAGUUUUAGUUUUAGUAUAUUUGUAUAUUAUAUAUUAGUAUUUGUUUUUGAUUCAGAUUGAUCUGCAUUAAGUUUUUAUAAAUGCACGAAUAAAUUCAAUUGAAUAAAUGAGAUUUUAUCUGAA